AUGGCUGGGAAAAGGACGGGGGUGCAGAAGAGACAGCCUAAGACACCCCAGAGCGGGCCGAAAGACUGGCACCCGUCCAUAGACUCCAAACUAUCAGGUCCAUCUGCUACAAGCGGGGCGGCGCCGCGGCCCGGGGAGAACGGAAGGACCGUUUUGUCAUCAAAAAGCAAGGUUCACGAUCGUCCUGUCCAAGAGUGUCACCCAAAGUUCCAGACCCCCCGCUGGCGUGCAACCACCGCCAUGCCCAUGUCGUACUCCGAUCCCAGAUCACACCCCCUCUGA